AUGGUCUCGCACACAGGACACUUUCUUCUGCUCUGCUGCAUGGGGACCAUGCUGUCUUUCUACACGUCACUCACCCAUCAGACGCAACCAGAGCAUCCAAAGAUACUGAUGGAAUUACAAGGCGCAGCUAAGAUGACUUGGCAGAACUACCAGGAGAAAGGGCUGCCGGAACGCAAGAACUACACGUUGCCUUGUUUGAUCUCCGAGUGCUCAUUCCCCAGAAUCAACAGCUCGGCCAUCCUGGCCUACUUCCAGGAGAUCCAACGGGUGACCGUGAACAAUCACACUAUCCAAGAGAUCAUACAACAGCUGAAGAAACUCAUGCCACAGGGUGCACCUCGGCUAAAUGUUACCGUGCCUGAAGACCACUUUGAACAAAAGUGCUUCACCUCAGCUAUUUUACAGCAGUUUUCAAACUGCAUGGAUCGAAUCCAUAAUGCCAAGUGUUCUACAGUGGCCAAAAGAAACGUGCAGAGCCUUAAUAAACUGUCGGUUCGGCGCAAGAACGCUGGUCCGUUACUAGCGGAAUCCGGCCAGGGGCCAGUCCGGGGAGGACUGGGAUCGUAA